AUGACAGAUCUAGACGUCCUGCGGAAAGACCAGCUUGAAACCCGACUUCACAACGAGAAGAAGCUGAUCAAAGAAGGAGCGCUAAAGGACGAAAAUCCGUUGGAUUUUAGUGAGGGGUUCCGCCAGCUCUGCGAUGCUUGUCGGAAAGGAGACUUGAAGGUCUGCCAGGAGAAGAUAUCGGAAGGCGUCAAUAUCAAUGCAAGAGACAGUUAUGACUAUACGCCACUGAUUCUGGCAAGCCUCUGUGGCCACUUUGAAGCGGUCCAGCUUCUUCUCGAGUCCGGUGCGCUGUGUGAAAGAGAUACGUUUCAAGGCGAAAGAUGUCUAUACAAUGCCCUUAAUGACCGAAUUCGCAAUUUGCUACUUCAGUACGACUAUUCCAAGUCAACUGAUCCUCUUCAGCCGUUGGCUGCACAUGUGUCGUCCCUUCUGACCAGACACAUACCACAAACAUGGGAUAUAGUGGUGACGGUGACGGAUGGGGAUGAGUCGCUUUUUCUCCAUAAAUUCAUACUUGCCGCACGUUCGCCUUACUUUCAAAAGAAGCUUUCAGUCGCCCCGGAAACCAAUUCUUGGCGACUUCCAAGUACUAUCCCGCCUACAGCUUUUGGUGCAGCUAUAAGAUACUUGUAUCUCGGCGACUCGGCAAGGGAUCUACGGAGUGGCCCUGGGACUGGGUUUACCGAGUCAGAGGUUGUGGCCGGUGUGGAUCGGAUCGGACAACAUUUGGACAUACCACACCUUCUUGAUAGCGUCUUGGAUAGCGGGGACCGAAGACUAGCUCGACAGAGGAGAACAGACGAAAUCUCUCGAGGUCGGGAUCAGUUGGAAACUUGGUUCGAGAAUAACAUCCUCGGGCACAAGGUUGUUAUUGAGACAAGCAAGGCAAAGGACGUCAAGUGGGAUCGCCACAAUGCUAUCUUUGCGGAUGUUUUACUCCAAGCGGAUGAAGUUCCCGACGCGGCUGGCCAAGAUGGCGAUGCUCAAGACGGUGGCCAUGCGAGUUCCAUUCCUGUAGGUCCUGGGUCAGGAGACCCAGAACUUCCCCGUGAACAAAAAUCCGUCUUGUACCCUGUACAUCGAGCAAUGUUACUUCGCUCUGAAUUCUUCAGCGCGAUGUUCUCGUCCACAUUCAGGGAAGCUCAAAUGACUGAACACUUGAAUAUCAUUAGCGUGGAUUGCUCGCCAGAAGUACUUGAGAUUAUUUUGCGGUUCUUUUACACGGAAAAGGCCGACUUUGGACUCGAUGUCGCGGUCGAGGUUUUAUUUGCCGCCGAUCUGCUGUUUAUUGAAAAACUCAAGACCAAAGCUGGCGUAGUCAUCAGCAGUCUAGGUAGCGCCAACAUGUCCCAAGCGCAAGCGUCCAAAACACGGCCUGGGAAGGGAGGAGGAGAACAGAAGGGCGAGAUAGUAGAAUAUGAUGAGAUUGACGUCUACGAUAUCAUGCGGGCGGCCUGGUUUACCAGAGUACAACGACUAGAAGAAUUCGCGGCGCGGUAUCUUGCCUAUCGGCUGGAAGAACACAUUGACACUGAAGAGUUUGCGGAACUAAUCAAGGACUCUGCAGCUCGAAUCCAGAAACGACAGGAAACCGACUCUAUUGAACUACUGGAUGAUAUUCGCUUCUACCUUAGUGAGAGAUUCCGGCUGCGGUUUGAUGACGCCGGGCUCGCGGAGAUGAUUGAAGAACAUGAGCCUCAAAACUAUUAUACUGAGACGCCGGCAAACGGCGAGCAGGUGGCAGCCAACCUGGCUGAGCUGAAUAUAUCCGGAAAGGACUCGAAAACAAAGGACACCGAGACGCCUACGACGACAAAUAUCGCUGCACAGCAGGAUGGUACCGUGCUAAUUGACCAAGGCACCGUUAUCAGAACUCUGGACGGUGUGAUUGUCGAGGACGAGUUUGACAAGGAUGCCAUCAACUACCGAAUUUUGCUGGACAAACUUGACCGGCUACUGGAGCGACUAAACCUAGAUGCCUAG